AUGGCUGAAGCACUUGUUAACGUUCUCCUUGAGCGUUUGGCUACGGUCGCCCAUGACAAGGUUCGAGGAGAGUUCAAACUGGUCUCUGGGGUUGAGGAAGAAGUCAACAGCCUCUCCCGCAAUCUGGAAGCUAUUCAAGCUGUGCUGGAGGAUGCAGAGCAGAGGCAAGUGACGGAGGCAACCGUGAAACGUUGGCUGAGUGAACUGACUGAAGUUUCCUACGAGAUAGAUGACGUUUUGGAUGAGUGGAUCACUCAAGUUCGAAAGAGACAGAUGGAGAAAGAAGAAAAACAUGCUCUUGCUAUUGCUAAGAAGGUACGUUCCUCUGCCUCCUCUUUCGUUUCUGGUAGCAAGGUCAGGCGGUUUAUUCAUCGUCGCGAAAUUGCUGCGAAGAUAGAAGAAUUAAAUGAAAGAUUAGCUUCAAUUGAUGAAAGAAAACAAAGUUUUGGCUUUCAAAACACCGCUAGGGUCCCCGAACUACCUCAACGACAAAAAACUACUUCUCUUCCCAAUGUUAAAACAUUUGGUCGAGAUAAUGAAAAAAAACUCAUAGUUAGCAAGCUGCUAAGUGAGAGUAGUGAAGGAAAUGAGGUUCCUCUUAUCAUUCCUAUUGUAGGGAUGGGGGGAAUGGGGAAAACAACUCUUGCUCAACUUGUGUAUAAUGAUGAAAAUGUCAAAUCUCAUUUUGACAAGAGAAUAUGGGUCUGUGUCUCGGACCCUUUUGAAGAGAUCAAGAUUGCUCAAGCUAUCAUUGAAGAAAUAGAUAAAGAUAAUAGUUCAAAAAGCUCAAAUGUGUUGCAAACCCUGACGCAAUGUAUAUAUAAAUUGAUUGAGGGUAAACAGUUCCUCCUUGUUUUAGAUGAUGUUUGGAGCCCAAACUCUGAUCAAUGGGAAGAAUUGAUCAAACCUUUACGUAAUGGUGCUCUUGGUAGUAGAAUAUUGGUGACCACUCGAAAGGAGGAGGUUGCUGAUUUAAUGAAAGCAACAACUCAAAUGAUCUCUUUGAAGGCAUUGAGUGAUGCAUUUUGUUUGUCAUUGUUCUAUUACGGUGCAAACAUGGAUGAGAAUAAUGUGCCUAAAGAGUUUCACGGCAUUGGUUUAAGUAUUGCUAGAAGGUGUAAUGGGUUGCCUCUUGCUGCAAAGACGUUAGGAAGCCUCAUGCGCCAUAAGAAAAAGAUUCAUGAAUGGCAAGCUGUUUUAAAGAAUUAUGUGUACAAUAUGAAUCGUUUGAUUGAGUUGUGGAUGUCACAAGAUUAUUUGAAUGCCAAAGAAAGUAAAGACAAGAUAAUGUUGAAAAUGAAAACAUGA